ACGCGCGAUAACGUCAGCGCCAGGCGCUGCGCGGCACGUUGGCCCGGCCUUCCGCGGGCUUUCGGGGGUCCAGGAUGGCUCUGGGCAGCGACUUCUACCUGCGCUACUACGUAGGGCACAAGGGCAAGUUCGGACACGAGUUUCUGGAGUUCGAGUUUCGGCCGGACGGAAAGCUUAGAUAUGCCAACAACAGCAACUACAAAAAUGAUGUCAUGAUCAGAAAAGAGGCUUACGUACACAAGAGUGUCAUGGAGGAACUGAAGAGAAUUAUUGAUGACAGUGAAAUUACAAAAGAAGAUGAUGCUUUGUGGCCUCCCCCUGACAGGGUUGGCCGGCAGGAGCUUGAAAUUGUAAUUGGAGAUGAACACAUUUCUUUUACCACAUCAAAAAUAGGUUCUCUUAUUGACGUAAAUCAGUCAAAGGAUCCUGAAGGCCUUCGUGUAUUUUACUAUUUGGUACAAGACCUGAAAUGUUUAGUUUUUAGUCUUAUUGGAUUACAUUUCAAGAUUAAACCAAUCUAAAUUGUAUGAUUUUGAAGCUGUUUUUAUAUUUAAUUAAGAUGGGUAAGGGAGGGUUUGUCUUUUACAAUAUUGGGAUUUUUAUGAACAUGAAGCAAACAAUUUGUUUUUGUAUUUGAAUGCCAACUGAAAAUAAAAUAUACAUAAGCAGGCUUAAUGGUUAUCCUCACUUGGGUCCAAGUGGCUUUGAACAGUCCCCACACACAUUAAAUUCUGUAAAUAAAAGCCGCCUUUUGUUGAAAUUUUACUCCAGUAAAACAUAUCAAAACCUG